UAACUAUUCCCAGUCAGAGGCGCUAUGUAUAUUACUAUAGCUACUUGUUAAAGAAUCAACUGGAUUACAGACCUGUGGCGUUGCUCUUUCACAAAAUGAUGUUUGAAACAAUUCCAAUGUUCAGUGGCGGCACUUGCAAUCCUCACUUUGUGGUCUACCAGCUUAAGGUAAAGAUAUUCACCUCCUCUUCAGGACCCACAAGACGUGGAGACAAAUAUAUGUACUUUGAGUUCCCUCAGCCAUUACCAGUUUGUGGCGACAUCAAGGUGGAAUUCUUCCAUAAACAAAACAAAAUGUUGAAAAAGGACAAAAUGUUUCAUUUCUGGGUAAAUACAUUCUUCAUACCAGGACCGGAAGAAAAUUCUGAUAAAGUAGAAAAUGGCAGCCUGCUUGGAGAUCAAGAACUAGAUGGUAUUUUCAGCACAGAGCGUUCAGAUAAUGACAAGGAAUAUCUAAUACUUACACUAACAAAAAAUGAUUUAGACAAGGCGAAUAAAGACAAGGCAAAUCGUUACUUCUCUCCAAACUUUAAGGUGAAGCUAUUUUUCACAAAAACGGUGGAGGAGCCGUCAAACGCAGAAGCGAGCAGCUCAACUUCAGUAACACCGGACGUUAGUGAUAAUGAACCUGAUCAUUAUAGGUAUUCUGACACCACUGACUCUGAUCCAGAGAAUGAACCUUUUGAUGAAGAUCAGCAUACACAGAUUACAAAAGUCUGAAUAUUUUUUUUAAUUUGGGAAAAAAUACCACAAAGAAGAAAACUUGAAUAAACUGAAUUAUGGACCUUUUGAAAUGGCAAUAGGACAUUGUGUCACGAUUAUCAGUUGUAGAACAGUUUUCCUGACCAAUUUCAUUUUGCCCUAUGAAGCCGCCGGGCUUGACACUUGUUGUCCAGUUGAGGAGAAAAAAGGUUACGUAGCUAUGUUAUGUAUAUACCUUUUUGUGUCAAGAGGACAUUUAAAUUUCAAUUAGGAACACAUAAAGAUGGCACUUUCCCAUUUGAUUCCAGUUUUAUAAAAGUGGAGACAGAUCUGAUGUGUAUACGUAGGAAUUUUCCUUUUGUGUUCUGUCAUCAACUGAAGUUGCUGUAAAGCUCUUUCUAAUACACAGGUUCACAUCCUGCCCCUUUCUUUGCACUUAUGUGGCAACAGAUAAGUCUGCAGUUGGCUUGGAGAAGUAAUGGGGUUUUACUACAUUUGAAUGCAUGUAAUAUGGAUAGGAGAGUGGAAAGAGAAGCUCAGAAAGGAAUGUUUUGUGCUGGACCCUGGACUGUGUACCAUUUCCAGCUUACUUACAUGCACCUCUUCAGCAUGCUCAGUAAUAAAUCCUGGACCUUGAGGAAUCGCCGCUGUCACUGCUUGUUGUUUGUGCAUUUUAUUUUUUUCUACGCAUAAUGGUGCUAGAAAAGGCAGCUAGAGGGAGUGGUUCUAUGUUAGGGGUACAGGAAUGAAUCUUCCGGAACAUCUUACAAUUGAAAAAAAUGAAGGGAUAUGAAACCAGUGUGGAUACAUGUGAAACACAGUAACAAUGACUUAACCAUAUAAAUGUGGAGGCUGUCUACCAGAAACAGGCCUAAACUAUAGUUUGUUCAUUAGUUGAAGUGUCCCCAGCUGUGGAUGGAAAAAGAAGACUACAGCUUUUGUUGUAGACUUUUCUUAAAACACACACACUCUGUCUUUCAAACAGUUGCUUUUUUAAAGCUUCAUCAUGUGAAAUCUUAUGUGUUUAUUGGCAUUAACUCUGUUCAUCAGCAGUGGUCCCACUUGAUUAAAUGAAUUUGGAAUCCAUAGUGCCCAGUCCACUAGCAUUAAUAAAGAGGAUAUAAAUCAUAACUAGUCAAGGCAGAACUCAGGCUGAAUACUAAACAAAGGGGCAGCAUGCUCCUUCCACAUCCAUUGGUCAAUUUUGCUCCCUUUCUAAAUCCUCUGUGUAGUUGUGUGCCUAUAACUUCAUACUGACUUUCGCAGUACUUGUGUUUAACUACACAGGAUAAUAGCUUUUAUCCAUAAAGUGAACUUUUUACAAAGCUCAUGCUGAGGCUUCCUAAGUUUUGAUCCCAUUAUAUGGCUCCAUAGAUGAAACCGAUUGGCACGAGUUGACUAUUGAAUCAUCCUUGACUUUAUUCCUGUGAUUUAAGUUUAACCUGAUUUUCCUUUAACAAUUUGAAAACCACAUUAGCCAACUAAAAAGUUUGUGCUUUAAAAUAUUUGGAUGUUGACAGUGUUCGGUGUCUUAUAGAACUUUAUCUUGUACAGUUCUACUGUGUAAAAUGGGAGGGCCAGUUGGGAAGAGUUUUAUUGGCCUUUUGCACUGUUGUUCUUCCUUUUGGAAUGUGAAGGUCUGAAUGAGGGUUUGGAUUUUGAAUGUGUCAGUGGUUCUGAGAAGCCUUGCUUACGUUUUUAUGGUAUAGUCAUUGAAAAAAGGAAAAUGGCAUUUUAUAUAUAUAUAUAUAUUAUAUAAUAUAUAUUAUGCAUACUCUCCUAUACUUUAUUUCAGCUACCAUCCCUAUAGAACAUGGCAAGAAUUACUAUAACUGAAAGGUUUGAGUCCUGAUUAAAACUUUAUUUAUGACAGUAUUCAUUAGCUUGAAAAUGCAUUCUUGUAGGUAAUUUCUUGAGUUUCUGGACUGUGUGCUUAAAUUCUUGGAUGUGCAGCCGCUUACAUGUCUGAAAUUACUUGAAGGCAUCACUUCGACAGGAGCUUACUGUUAGGCCCUGUGCCAUCCCUAGUCAUCUGUAGCCCCAGUUAAAAUAGUUUGUCACAGUAGUUAAAGGGCAGUUGUAUAAAAUAGCACCAAGGUUCUUUGCUGUGGCACAGGUUGUAAACUGAAGGGGAUGUUUACACACAGCAUCAAUUGUUUUCAGCUUUAAGGAACAAAAAGAAAUAAAGGUUAGGGUGCCAGUGUGCAGUUCCUUGCUUAAAUUCUAGCAAACGUGCAAUAUGUUAACGAUGCCUGUGGUUGCCACAAAGUGCCUCGUUUACCUUUUAAAAAUACUGUUAAUGUGUCAUGCAUGCAGAUGGAAGGGGGGUGGAACUGUGCACUAAAAGGAGGCUUUAACUGCAGUGUUCGGUGGAGCUGCCUCGCCAGUUCAAAAUUCUCAGUCUGUUUUCAUAUAGAAUAUAUAUACUAAAAAAUUGUCUGUUAAGCAGCCUUAUUCUGAUUCAGCCUCUUCAGAUACUAUUGUGCUGUGCAACAGUGGCUCUGUGUGUAAUGCUAUGCACUGAGGAUACACAAAGCAAGAAAAUGACAUGUACAGGAUAAUGUCUCAUACAAAUCAAAUGUCCGUUUGUUAUUGUGUUUAACAGCCCUUUAUCUUAGUGUUAAAACUCCACUUAAAACUGAUUAAAGUCUCAUUCU